GAAGGAGCCCUGAGGAGGGGAGGGGAGGAGCGGCACUGAUGUAGGCCAGAAUAGCCUGCUCCUCCCGCACACCCAGGACAGCAUUGUGUUUUUAUUCAAAUGCUCUUAAAGCGGCUCAGGGCUGCAGGUGACAGAUCCAGAGCCCGAGCAAGAACCGGAGAGAGCAGACCCAGCAGCCCCCAGCAGGAUGAAGGCGUUCGUGGCUCUCCUGCUGGCCCUGCUGCUGUGUGGGCAGCCAGGCACGGGGCGGGCACAGCACGAGGAGGAGGACGACGUGGACUUUGGGCUGGACGGCUAUGACGAUGACGAUGAGGAAGAGGAGGAGGAGGCCAGUGUGACUGCAGGUGGCAGGGGCAGAGGUGACCGUUCACCCCCACCCGAGGAUGCAGGCACCCAUCCCUCUUUUGCAACACUUUGUGUGGGCUCCGUUGAGUGCCAGGCUCGCGCUGCUGCAGUGCUAUUCCUGCCAGUCCCUGUACAGGGGGGAACACUGCAAGCAAGUUCAGAACUGCGUCCGCAGCCACAGCUUCUGCAAAGCCGUCAUCUCCCACGGGAACACGGAGUCGGGUCCUCUGACCAUGUACUCCGCAUGGUGUGCAGAUGCGUGUCAGCCCUUCACCAAGACCCUGGAGGGGACCCUGAUGACCCUGACCUGCUGCCAGUCCACCCUCUGCAACGCCCCACCCUGGCAGGACCCACCGGGCAGCGGGGCCGCGGGCGCCCAGGGCGGCCCCGCCGUGAUGGCCGUUGCGCUCCUGCUCAGCCUCCUGCCCGGCCUUCAGGCCACGGGGUCCUGAACGGCUGCUCCCGCCCCCGCCCCAGCUCACAGCCCGGAUGGCCAGCCCUCUGUCCAGUGCCUUAGCCCCCGGCCCCCAGCCCCCAGCCCCGGCUUUGGCGAAUAAACAUGCAGCAUCUUGAAUGCCGGCCAGCACCGGCUCGUCCCAGCCCCGUCUGCAUUUCCUGUUUCCUGUCCGUCUUUGGCCUCCUCCUCUGCUCCCUGCCUGUGCCAGCAUGUGCGCCCCAGGUCCGGGCCUCGGCUGCUCACAGGGCGCGUCCACACAGCCUGGGGAGAGAAAACAUGCGUCCUAGGCCAGAGGAGCCGGCCACAUUCUCUCCCCACCUUCCCACCACGGAAACGCCUCCCCCCACAUGACUGUUGCCUGGGUUCCUGAGCCGGGGGGGGGGCACUGGGGAUGGGAACCCAAGGGUCCCCAGCACCCGCUCUGGCCAGGCUGGCACCACUGGCUGCUGGGGGCUGUCAGCCUUCCUGACUGGCGACAAGACAGAGCCCUGGGAUAGGAGGGAGAGGCCUGGAUCUGGGCCUCAGUUUCCCCAUCAGAGCAGUGUGGAACAAGGCUUAGAGGACCCCUUAAUCCCCACCAACUUAACAGCCCCUGGGUAGGGAAGCCCAGAGUCCUACCCUGCCUGCCAAGUAGCUCUUGCCGGUGGAGUAGCCUCCCACUCUCCGUUUCCCUCUUUCCUUAUUAAAGAAAACCUCAAGGCCUAGCUUGGGGGCAAAUCCCUGGGGUAGAGGAGACAAGUCUUUCUUUUUCUCCCUCCUCCUUCCUGCUAGCUGAAGUGAUGGCUGGGGCUCAGCAGCCAUUUUGCACCAUGAGGCAGCACAUUGAGGAUGGCAGGGCAGCAUGGAGGAAGGGCAGAGAUCACUGGAGACCAGGAGCAAUUAUACCAGCCCCACGCUGCCUACCUCGAGACCCCUUUCCUUAAGAGGGAAAUAAAUGGCUGCGGGGUUG